AUGGAUGUUAACUCCUUUCUUUGCACGCUCAAUAACGGAAUGGACCGUAUCAUUAACAUUUGCAACUUGAAAUUUCAUUGGAGCCACGCUUUGCAAUGCUCUGGUUCCACACAAAACAAAAAGUUGUUUGCGUCACCAAGUCUUGUUAACAGAUACAGACGGACAGAUAAAAAAACUCACACUAUUUCUAGGUCCCUGAGUUUAAGGGAACCUGAGAAUUUCCACUCAACGAAGCAUUUGUAUCACUUACUUACUCACCUCCGAAGUGAUUGGACGUGUUUUCAUCCGUGUUUAUCCAAGUGUACUCAUGCACUAGAAAGCUCGAAGACAGCCUUUGCUAAUAUAACAGAAGUGUCAUUUUUUAUUUCUUUAACUUACAUUGAAAUGGCUUAUGCUUUAACUAAAACUGAUUUAAAGUCUAUGAAAAAAGAUGUAUCUAAUGAUAUUUAUGCUCGUGACUGGAAAAAAUUCAGUCAUGAUGCCUUUAGCACUGAACUACAAUAUACGGAUUGGGAUGCUAUACUUCAACCAAGCACAGAUGAUCCCAAUGUAUCGUUUGAUAAUUUUUAUAACAGUUUCAACAGUCUUUUGGAUAAAUACGCUCCAUUAAAAACGACUUGUAAUAUAAAAACUAGAAAAAAAUCCAAUCCUUGGAUUACUAAUGGUAUCCUUACCUCUAUUACUAAAAGAGACCUUCUUCAUAAACGUUUUUUAAGAGAAAAAGAUCCAUAUUUUAAGUCUCUCUUGUUAGAGGUUUCAAAAAGUGUUAAAAAUAUAAUUUCUGUUCGUUCUUCUGCUUCUGCUUCUCCAACCUGUAUGAACAUUGAUAACUUACUUGUCACUGAUCCAGUGACAAUUGCUAGCUCUUUUAAUAAUUAUUUUUCAUCAAUUGCUGACAAUAUAAGAAUGGGCAUCCCAUUUACAUCAAAACAUUUCUCUUCCUUCUUAAAAGAUUCUGUUCCUAAUUCAAUGUUUCUUUUACCAACUGAUGAUAUUGAAGUUCUCCAUUGUAUUUCUUCCUUGGACCUUGGCAUUUUUCCUUCUAAUUUAAAAACUGCCAGGGUUAUCCCUAUUCAUAAAAAAGGAUCCAAAUUGGAACUUACAAAUUAUCGACCUAUAUCCUUACUUACAAACAUUGAUAAGAUAUUUGAAAAACUUAUAUAUAAACGGGUGUAUGGGUUUCUUGAAGCUAACAAUGUCCUGUAUAAGCAACAAUUUGGUUUCAGAAAAAAUUACUCAACCUGUCAAUCACUAAUGAAUAUCUCUCAAAAAAUUAUGGAUGCUCUUGAUAAAGGAAAUUAUGCAUGUGGAGUGUCCUACUUAAUAGGUUGUCAACAAUUUGUGUCUUUAAAUGGAGCUAGAUCAGCAAAUAAUCUUACCAGACAUGGUGUCCCUCAAGGCUCUGUUUUAGGACCACUUUUAUUUUUAAUUUAUAUAAACGACUUGAAUUGUGCAAUUAACUAUUCUAUGGUACACCACUUUGCUGAUGAUACAAACCUCCUGCAUUUCAGUGACUCUUUGAAACAACUGGCCAAACAAAUGAAUUUAGACCUCAAGCUUCUCUGUCAUUGGCUGAAUGCUAAUAAGAUUUCUCUUAAUGCUAGCAAGACAGAAUACAUUAUAUUUAAACAUGCACAUAAACCUCUGAAUUAUGAUUUUAGGCUUCUCAUCAAUGAUUCUGAUUUAAGCUGGAAGACUCAGAUCAAUAAUACUGUUGCCAAGCUCAAGAGGGCUAAUGGAGCUUUAGCUAAACUUCGUCAUUUUGUGUCUCAAAAUGUCCUUAUCCUAGUCUACUAUGCCAUUUUUCAUUCCCACCUGCAAUAUUGUAAUCAAAUUUGGGGUCAACCAAAGAGUCUUGAUGUUAAUCGUAUUGCUGUUUUACAAAAUUUUGCUAUCAGACUAAUGACUUUUGAAUCUCGAAGAGCAUCAUCUAGUAUCAUCUAUGGCAACUUGGAAAUCCUCAAAUUCAAUGAUAUUGUCCAGUGUCAGAACAUUCUGUUUUUGCAUAAGCUUUUUCAUGAUAAAAUGCCUGCUACUAUCCAGAAUACUUUUGCGGUUGACUUCAACCAUGCCCAGAGCACUUGCGCAGAAAAGGCUGGCUUGAUCAAUCUUCCUACUGUCAAUACCGUUUGUUUUGGUAAAAAUUCUAUUAGAUUGAGCACCAUUAAAUCCUGGAAUAAGAUACAGACAUCAAUGACUAAAAAAUUUGUUUCCAUAGAUUACUUUGGUCUGAAAAGUGAUCUAAAGAAGUAUUUUAUUGCCUCUUAUUAA